AGAUGACAACUUCUUGACCCCAACAACGCGCUAAUCUGCCUCCUCUUCCCCGGCGCCGGCGCCGGCUCCACCUCCCCCUCCGCAGCCGCCCCCGUCGCCGUGCCGCCCACCCCCUCCUCCGGACCCGCAGCCACCCUACCCUCCCUCCGCGGCCAGGGGGUCCCGCCCUCGCCCUGACUCCCCGCCGGCCGGCCCCGGCGACCGGACGAGGACGCCCGGCAGCGCCGCCAGCGGAGGGUCCCAGAUUCGCGUGAUCCGCGCGAAUCCGUCGCCCGCGGUCCUCCCACCGCCUGCGUGAAGGUAUCCUCGAGUACUCAAUAAAAUGGAUAAGAAGGACGUGGAUGACAUAGAACCCGGGCCAUCUCCUUCUCGGCCUGUGGACAGAUUUGGCUUUAUAAAGACAGAACAAAGUAACUCUCCGGAGGGGAUUCUGAAAAGCAGAUCCACAAAUGAACGCGGAAGAGAGGAAAGGAGGAUAAGAAAGUGGAGGAAGAUGAUAGGUGCUGGUGGCAGUGACUGGAAGCAUUAUGUUAGAAGGAAUCCUCAUGUGGUUAAGAGAAGAAUAAGGAAAGGAAUUCCUGAUUGUCUCAGAGGACUUGUUUGGCAGUUGAUUUCAGGCAGCAGGGACCUCUUGCUAAUGAAUCCUGGGGUUUAUGAGACUUUGGUCAUAUACGAGACAUCGACGUCAGAAUUGGAAAUUAUUCGUGAUAUAUCGCGUACAUUUCCUUCUCAUAUUUUCUUCCAACAGAGACAUGGCCCAGGUCAAAGAUCUCUGUAUAAUGUUUUAAAAGCAUACUCUGUUUAUGAUAGGGAUGUUGGAUAUGUGCAGGGAAUGGGAUUUAUAGCUGGUUUGCUGCUUCUUUAUAUGAGUGAGGAGGAUGCAUUUUGGUUAAUAGUAGCUUUGCUAAAAGGAGCCGUCCAUGCUCCAAUGGAAGGCUUGUAUCAGGCUGGUUUGCCGCUUGUGCAACAAUAUCUGUUUCAAUUUGAGAAAUUAGUUCAGGAGCACAUGCCAAAGUUGGGACAGCAUUUUAUUGAAGAAAUGAUAAAUCCAAGCAUGUAUGCAAGUCAAUGGUUUAUCACGGUUUUCUCAUAUUCCUUCCCAUUUCCUAUGACUCUUAGAGUUUGGGAUGUCUUCCUUUAUGAGGGUAUUAAGGUUGUUUUUCAAGUUGGAUUGGGUCUAUUGAGAUUCUGCCAUGAUGACCUGGUCAAAUUGCCUUUUGAGGAACUUUUGCAUUCCUUGAGAUAUUUUCCGGAUGAGGCAACUGAUCCUGAUACAUUAUUUCCACUUGCCUUCUCAUUUAAGGUGAACAGUAGUCUCGAGGAGCUUGAGAAAGAGUACCGGAAAAGAUUGGAUGGACCCAAUGCAAGCUCAAGUAGCAGUAAGCGGCUUCAGCCCCUCAAAUCGAAAACGAUGAGCAGGGCUGUCAGCCAGGUCUUGUCUAUCUCAAAUGUUGGUAAAAAGUAACACAGUUAUUCGCCUUGUUGUUUAUGCCUUGUAUAGAGCGAUCAUCACUCAUCGCUUUGCUUUAAUUUUUCUAAGUUACGCCAUGUUUUCAUAACUGCAAAGGUUCACGAUGUUGUAUUUUUCCCUUGUUGCUGGACAACUGUAUAUAUUUGUUAUAAGAUGGAACAAUAUUUCAAUAACGAAAUGGUGAGAACGUUGUUGCCUUGAUUA